GAAAGCUGACGGUGAGCCCCUCUCCCUCGCAACACGACGUGAACUCUUGCUCGCUCUCUCUCAAUUCUUUCCUCUUCGCCUCGAUCGCACUCGUCGUGUGUCUCGAUUGAUCUCCAUGGCCGAGCUCCUUCUCCCAAUUCUUGCCCUCCGUUCUUUGUCUCUUCCCAGGGCUUGGGCUGUCUGAUUUUUCCCGCUCCCAACCACCUCUUAUGGCGGUUUUUCUGCGCUCUUGAGCCAUGGGGCCAAUUGCUUAGCACUUAGUUUGAAAGCCUUCAUCUCGAGAUCUUCAACGGUGUGAAAUUUCAUUGGUGUGAGGAAAAUUAUUAGCCUUCCGACAGGAGGUGGAAGGCUUCGAGGAUAUUGGAUUGAGCCAAGGAGGAUCGAGGUCGCUGUUUGGAAGACCAAGGUUGUCAAACAUGGUCGCCAUGGAUCUGUUCCGAUCGGAGGAGAUGUCUCUUGUGCAGCUCAUCAUUCCUGCCGAAUCAGCUCACGAUACUAUCACCUGCUUGGCUGAGCUAGGUCUGCUCCAGUUUAAAGAUCUAAAUCCAGAGAAAAGUCCAUUCCAGCGAACCUAUGCUAACCAGCUCAAGCGAUGUGGAGAAAUGGGAAGGAAAAUACGUUACAUUCAGGACCAAAUUGCAAAAUCUGGUAAAACAUCUUCAUACAGACCUUUAACGGACAAAGAUAUCAAUUUGAAUGAGCUGGAGACGAAACUCACGGAACUCGAGGCUGAGUUGCUAGAGAUCAAUGCAAAUACGGAUAGACUUCAACGCACCCAUAGUGAACUUACGGAGCUCCAGUUGGUACUGCACAAGGCUGGUGUUUUGUUCGGUUCCGCGAGAGAUGCAGCAAGUACUGUACAACACCAAGGAGCAGAUACUGAGAAUGGUUCUUCUAUUGAAGAAGCCGUUGAUUACCCACUUCUACAAGAGCAGGAGAUGCAGACCGACCCCUCAAAGCAAGCCAGAUUAGGUUUUGUUACAGGUUUGAUUUCUAAGGCUAAAGCUGCAUCUUUUGAGCGUAUUAUUUUCCGAGCUACGCGAGGCAACAUGUUUUUGAAACAAGCUCCAAUCGAGGAUGCGGUUUUGGAUCCAGCCACUGGUGAAAAGGUGGAGAAAACAGUUUUUGUAUUGUUUUUCUCUGGAGAGCGCGCCAGAACAAAGGUUGUUAAGAUUUGUGAGGCCUUUGGAGCCAAUCGCUAUCAUUUCCCUGACGAUCCAAAUAGGCAGCGACAGAUGAAGUCUGAGGUCGAUAUGAGGCUGGUUGAGCUGCAAAGUACGCUUGAUGCUGGUAUUCACCACAGAGACAAUGUUUUUAACAGCAUUGGAUACAAUCUUGAAAAAUGGGCUGUUAUGGUGAGACGUGAGAAGGCAGUGUAUGUCACGCUCAAUAUGUUGAGUAUUGAUGUCACUCGCAAGUGCCUGGUAGCUGAGGGUUGGUGCCCUGUCUCUGCCAAGCCCAAGAUUCAUGAUGCUCUUCAAAGAGCUGCACACGUCAGCAACUCUCAAGUGAAUACGAUCUUUCAAGUGCUUCACACAAAGGAAACACCGCCCAGUUACUUCGAAACAAACAAGUUCACAAGUGCUUUUCAAGAAAUUGUAGAAGCUUAUGGAGUGGGGCGGUAUCAGGAGGCAAAUCCUGGUUGUUUUACCAUAAUAACAUUUCCAUUCCUGUUCGCUGUUAUGUUUGGUGACUGGGGCCAUGGAAUCUGCUUACUUCUGGGGGCACUUUAUCUCGUAUUGAAUGAGAAGAAACUUGGAAGCAAGAAACUUGGCGAUACUAUGGAGAUGGCAUAUGGAGGUCGUUACGUGAUUCUCUUGAUGGCUAUGUUCUCUAUUUACACCGGUUUCAUUUAUAACGAGUUCUUCUCAGUUUCAUUUGGAUUUUUUGGGGGAUCAGCGUAUCAGUGUCCGGACCCACAGUACUCUGUCAAGAAUUGCCCGACGGCGACUACGUCGGGAGUGGAGAAAUGGUCUUAUGAGCCUUAUGCAUUUGGAAUAGAUCCUAUUUGGCAUGGAUCACGCUCAGAGCUCCCAUUUACCAACUCCUUAAAGAUGAAGAUGUCAAUUCUGUUGGGCAUUUGUCAGAUGAACCUGGGAAUUCUAUUGAGCUAUUUCAAUGCUAGAUAUUUUCGCAGUGCACUUGAUGUUUGGUAUCAGUUUAUUCCGCAGCUGUUGUUUCUCAACGCUCUCUUUGGCUAUCUUUCGUUUCUGAUAAUCCUGAAGUGGUGCCAAGGAAGCAAGCCUGAUUUGUACCAUAUCAUGAUUUAUAUGUUUUUAAGUCCUACUGAGGACCUAGGAGAGAACCAGCUCUUCAUUGGGCAAACUUAUGUUCAGAUUGUGCUGCUUUUAGUAGCCCUGGUUGCUGUUCCUUGGAUGUUGUUUCCAAAGCCCCUGAUUAUGCGAAAGCAGCAUAUUCAGAAAAUGCAUGGGCGAACUUACGGAUUUUUGCGAGAGUCUGAUACCGAAUCAACUGAUUUGGAAGUCGACGUUGAGCAUGACGAAGAGGAGUUCGAGUUUAGUGAAGUUUUUGUGCACCAAAUGAUUCACACUAUUGAGUUUGUGUUGAAUUCUGUAUCCAACACUGCUUCCUAUCUGCGGCUGUGGGCGCUCAGUCUUGCACACGCACAGCUUUCUGCGGUGUUUUAUGACCGUGUUCUCAUGUUCGCUUGGGAGUACACAAAUCCGAUUAUUAGACUAAUUGGUCUGAUCGUAUUUGCAAAUGCAACUGUUGUUGUGUUGUUGUGUAUGGAGACAUUGAGUGCCUUUCUUCAUGCACUGCGUCUUCAUUGGGUGGAGUUCCAGGGCAAGUUCUAUCAAGGAGAUGGCUACAAGUUUCAUCCGUUUUCAUUCAAAACACUCUUUGAAGAAGAUGAUCUAUAGUUUCCAUCUUGAAGUCACUACUAAAUAUAUAUAUUUUUUUUGUCUUUCCUUCCAUGUAUUAUUUCAGUUGUACCCAUUAUUCUCAAUAAUUCAAAUUGCUAAAGUAUUCGAGUUUGUUUGCACGUUCGUGCAUUGUCUCGAGGUUAAA